AUACCAUUGCAUGGCAUUAAAGCCGCGGCGAUCAGAUUGUAGCGUAGCUAGGCAGCACCCCCAUAAACGACUGUACUCCCCCUCAUUCCUGUUGCAACCGAUGAAAGGCCGAAGGGGUCAAGCAGUGAACAAUGACGGAAGGAAAACUCUCGGAGAAAGAUAUGGAUCAGCUGGAAAAAUGGAUUGGAACGGGUCCUAAAAUAUUUACACUUCGGUAUGCUAUCACACGAGAUGGAUGUGAUCCUACAGUCUUCCAUCAGAAAUGUGACAACCAGGGUCCUACUGUAACAGUGCUUUAUAAUCAACACGGCUCCGUGUAUGGUGGUUUUACAAGCGUCAGUUGGCAAUCAAAGAGUCCCAUUUUCGUCAGAGUUGAUAAAGCAUUUUUAUAUCAGCUGAGGUAUAAUGGAAGUGACAGGCAAAAUAAAUUUCAUGUUAAAAACCCCGAUAGAGCUGUUAUACACAGUAGAUCGUGUGGACCAUUAUUCGGUUCAGGUUGUGAUCUUAACACAUUUAACACUAAGAUAAACAAAUCUGGUACUGUCUUUCCUCUCGAUGGAAACAUGAGCACUUUCGGAACCGAUUACAACAACAACGGAGUGAGUACUGACCAAGUAAACAACGGUUCGAUGCACGUCACUGAACUAGAAGUAUACAGUGUAGCAGAUGGCCAAAGAAGAAAACCCUUACAGGAAGAAAAAACACCAUGGCGAAAAACUAAAGACUGGAACGAAAAGUACUUAGAUGAACUCAAAGAGGAGACUGUUACAUUUAAACCAGUCCAAGACCUACAGAUAAGCGAGGCUCGAAUUUUGAUGCUAGGUCCGGUGGGUGCUGGCAAAUCCAGUUUCUACAACACGAUAGAUUCAAUAUACCGGGGUCGAAUUACACAGCGAGCCUGCAGUGGUAGCGCAGAACAGAGCCUUUCCACUGCUUACAUACCAUAUACGGUGAAAGUAGGGUCAGGUGCCUCCUUGAACUUCCGACUGUGUGAUACACGUGGUCUAGAAGAAUCCAUGGGUAUCGAUGUGCUAGAGUGUAACUAUCUUCUUGAUGGAAACGUACCAGCUUAUUACGAGUUUAAUCCUACAUCGCCAAUCAGUCCAAAGUAUCCAGGAUUCAAGUCUGACCCCAGCACUAAUGACAUUGUCCAUUGUGCAGUCUUCGUAUUAGAUUCAACAACGCUCGAAGUGCUGUCUUCAAAGGUUGUUGAGAAAAUGAAGGGACUUCGUGGACUAAUGAAUCAAAAACGAAUACCACAGAUUAUUCUUUUAACAAAGAUAGACAAGCUCUGUAAAGAAGUAGAGAAAAACGUAUCUUGCGUGUAUCACAGCCCAACUGUCAAGCAAGCUAUAGAGAAAGCAUCGCAAAUUCUUGGUCUUCCACGAGCUCACGUACUUCCUGUGAAGAAUUACGAGGACGAGGCUGAGUUGGACGACAACAUUGACAUUUUAGCUUUAUUGGCUCUUCGUAAGAUGCUGCAUUUUACUGAGGAUUUCAUGCAUAAUCUGAUUGACAAACGAAAUGAUGUGCAAGUCGAGAUGAAAAAAUUGAAGCUCGAAAACUGAGAAUCUGCAACGUUUAGCACAAUAGAGACCGUUAUCUCAAAGUUGAUGACUUUUCAUAUAUCUUUUUUUUGACAAAUUAAUCAGACAUGGCACAGCCUGCAUAAAUGUUUUAAUGUAAUCUUUCACAACACAUUAUAUGUUCUGCUUACAAAAGGCCACGAUACCAUUUAAACUUGAAAGCAUGAUGUAAAAGGUCUUAACAGGACAACUUCAAAGACUUGAAAGUGGUUAUGCUAAAUUCUUUUCUUUUUUGAACAGUUUGUGUUGACUCCUAUUAUUUUCGCUAGAUGUCUGUCUGCGUUUACACUUGUGAUGUGUUCUUUGUUUUCAGUCAUUUUAUAUCGUUCCGUUUAAUGUGUUUGUGAAUUGUUAUCAUUGUCAUUGAUUUUACGCGCAUACAGUAUGUUAGGCAGAAUGCAGUAAGAGGGCUUGGUACUAUUGUACCCAUUUAUAGAAAGAAGUUUUAUAAUAGAAUUAACACUGUUUCUGUUGUCAACGAUUGACGCAAAGUCUUUGCUUUUAACCGUGGCAUUCGGGAUUUAAUAAAGUGGGAAGAAAUCAG